UUCUCUUUUACGUUUCUAUAUAAUGUCAGGCUCAGCCAGCAGCAAUUGAGUUCCCUUCUCUGCUCAACCUCUCCCAAACAAAAAGAAACAGCAAUCCAUUUCAAUCAAAGAUGAAACUCUCUUCAUCCAAAAUCAUUAUUCAUUUCAGGCCGGGUUUGGUAGUAUUGUUGGUGACGAUGGCAAUGUUGUCAAGUUGUUUAACUCAAGACCCCAAACGUGAAUUUAAAGCAAUCUUCAACUUUGGCGACUCAAAUUCUGAUACGGGCGGAUUUUGGGCUGCAUUCCCAGCACAAUCAGGGCCUUUUGGCAUGACAUACUUCGAGAAACCAUCUGGGCGUGCUACUGAUGGAAGAGUUAUUGUUGAUUUCCUGGCUCAAGCUCUUGGAUUGCCAUUUAUCAGCCCAUACUUGCAAUCAAUUGGAUCUGAUUUUAGGCAUGGAGCUAACUACGCAACACUGGCAUCCACAGUGCUCUUGCCCAACACUUCUUUAUUUGUUACUGGGAUCAGUCCUUUUUCUUUAGCCAUUCAGCUCAAUCAGAUGAAGGAAUUCAAAUCCAAAGUUGUUGAAUAUCAUUCUGGAAAUUACAAAGGAUCAACGAAGCUACCUUCACCAGAUAUCUUCGGAAAAUCACUCUACACCUUUUAUAUCGGUCAGAAUGAUUUUACUUCAAAUUUAAAAGAAAUUGGUAUUAAGGGAGUGAAGCAAUAUCUUCCUCAGGUGGUUUCCCAAAUUGCUGGCACUAUCAAGGAGCUAUAUUUGCUAGGGGGGCGUACAUUUUUUGUACUAAACCUUGCACCAGUUGGCUGUUAUCCUGCAUUUUUAGUGCAGCUUCCUCACAAAACCACGGACUUGGACAAAUUUGGUUGCCUGAUCUCUUACAACAAGGCUGUGGUCGAUUAUAAUAACAUGUUAAAGGUGGCACUGAGCCAAACUAGACGAGUUAUUCCAAAUGCUUCUGUAAUAUAUGUGGACACUCAUGCUGUAUUGUUAGAACUCUUCCAGCAUCCCACAUCCCAUGGUCUUAGAUAUGGCAACAGAGCUUGUUGUGGAUAUGGUGGUGGCACCUAUAAUUUUCAUCCAGACGUUUAUUGCGGAAACACCAAGGUGAUCAAUGGAAUUAAUGUGACAGCAUCGGCUUGUAAAGAUCCAAACAACUACGUAAGCUGGGAUGGGAUUCAUGCCACUGAAGCAGCCAACAAACUCACUACAUUGGCCAUUCUCAAUGGCUCUUAUUUUGACCCUCCUUUUCCACUUCACAAGCUCUGUGAUCUCCACCCUAUAGGUUGACAUAAUCCAUUCAAUUCAACAAUAAUCAUCAUGAACUUCGUCUGCUUUGAUGGAUUAUCACAAAUUUAUUCUCUCAAAACGACGAGUUCUAACCUGCAGCAUGUACUAAAGGAAAAAGUUAUCACAUAUAAUGAAACUGGUGAUGAACGUUUUUGGUUGGGAAUGCGUAGGCAGGAACAUUAUUGUUGCAGCCCUUGCAGGCGAAUUGGUACUACUUGAUCACGGCCAAUUUUGGAUUCUUAUGCCUUUAGAAAAUGAUCAAAGCUGUUGAGCUACUCCAAAAGAACAAAAUCUGUGAAUAAACGAAGGCCUAGUGGGCUGAGUUUCCUUGUCAAACAUUGCAGCUUUCAUUCCUCUUUGAAGCCUUUUUCUUCCCUGAAUAAAAUAAUUAAGAUGGUCCAUUGACUGGAUAAUUAAUGAGGAUAACAUUAGCCAAAGUUAAUGAUUAUUUAUUGAUUCCGGUCUCAAUUAGAACUUAAGAAAAAAAUAUUAUUCUCCACCUACAGGCUUUGCAGGCUUAUGCUGAACAAAUAAGCCAAACAUUUAAAAUGCUUGCCUUUUCCCCUACUGAUUAGUAUUAAGAAACUAAAGAGUAGAGCCAAAAAAUCAGACUGACUCGAAUAAUAUAGCACUUCUACAUUUUCUAUUAUAUGAAAGUUACAGGCCAAAAACCCAAACUUGCCGUCCUACCAAACCUUGGCCGUCGG